AUUUUUUUGCGCUGGUAUGACGAUGGUUAAGUGAUGUUGUGAAAAUUGUUAGAAAAAAUGUUUCUCAUGUAAUUGAAUUGUGUUCUAAGUGAAAGUCGCAAUAAACGUAUACCUAGGUUGUUUAAUUAAUAAAGCAAAUAUAGUUUGCAUGGUAAAUGCAGUUAUGAUUAUCUAACGGAAAAGGUGAUAAUACAGCCCAAGAUGGCGGAAGUUGAUCCAGAAACAUUGCUGGAGUGGUUACUGACCGGUCAAGGUGAUGAGAGAGAUAUGCAACUCAUUGCUCUGGAGCAGCUAUGCAUGCUAUUGCUCAUGUCAGAUAAUGUGGACAGGUGCUUUGAAAGCUGUCCACCAAGAACAUUUUUACCGGCUUUGUGCAAAAUAUUCCUCGAUGAAUAUGCACCUGAUAAUGUUUUGGAAGUCACAGCCAGAGCAAUUACUUACUAUUUGGAUGUCUCAGCUGAAUGCACUCGCAGAAUUGUAGCAAUUGAAGGUGCUGUGAAGGCUAUUUGCAGUAGACUGCUCACAGUUGACCCUAAUAAUAGAACAAGUCGAGAUCUUGCUGAACAGUGUAUCAAGGUAUUGGAAUUGGUGUGCACCCGUGAGCCUGGUGCAGUGUGGGAAGGUGGAGGUCUGCCUGCAGUUUUACAUUUUAUAACCCACUAUGGCACUUCUGUGCAUAAAGAUACCCUUCAUUCGGCUAUGGCUGUUGUGUCAAGAGUUUGUGGUAAGAUGGAGCCAGGAGAUGCUAGAGUAGGAGAUGCCGUGUCGUCAUUGUCAUCUCUGUUACAGCACAGUGACACUCGCGUAGCAGACGCAGCAUUGCGUUGUUUUGCUUCUCUCGCUGAUCGCUUCGCGAGGGCCCAUGCUGAUCCUGCUCCUCUUGCUGAACAUGGACUAAUUGAAGAAUUGGUGCAUCGCCUUGGUAGCACUGAGAAUAGUGAUGAUAAAUGUUCAGUACCCUCAGUGUCAACUACAGUGAGUUUGCUAACAACCUUAUGUCGUGGUUCUGAACAGAUAACCCACGAUUUAGUUCGUUUAGAUCUUUGCUCUGCAAUAGAAGCGGCGGUGCAAUCCGAUGAGCGUUGGAGUUUGGAAUGCAUGCGCUUAGUUGAUCUGUUGCUUGUACUGUUGUGUGAAGGGCGACAGGCUAUACAGACUAGUUUAAACAGAAACGGAGCUGCAUCAACAAGCAGCAGUGGAUCUGCAGUUGGGUCUUCAAAUGUGACUGCGAGUGGAGAGGGCUCUGUGCGCGAUAAGUCACAUAGACAACUCAUUGAUUGUAUAAGAGGCAAAGAUACGGAUGCAUUAAUGUCUGCAGUAAAUAGUGGUGCAGUUGAUGUCAAUUUUACAGAUGACGUAGGCCAGACCCUAUUGAAUUGGGCUGCUGCGUUUGGAACAAGAGAAAUGGUGGAGUUUUUAUGUGAAAAAGGCGCUGAUGUAAAUCGCGGGCAACGUAGUUCAUCUCUUCACUAUGCAGCUUGUUUUGGUAGGCCUGCAAUUGCUAAAGUUCUAUUGCGAUAUGGUGCCAAUGCCGAUCUUAGAGAUGAGGAUGGUAAAACCCCACUUGAUAAAGCAAGAGAAAGGCACGAUCAAGGUAAACGGACCGGCCAUAGAGAAGUCGCUGCAAUAUUGCAGUGUCCCGGAGAAUGGCUUGUAGUCAGUAACCAGGAUUCGCCGGCGUCAUCUAAUGACGAAGAUUUUCCCGAAACAGGGGAUAAGGAGAUGGCUGCACUUUAUUUAGAGCGAUUGGUACCAGUGUUCUGUUCCCGCUACAUCGCAGCCGGCGGGGCGGGCGUGAAACGAGCUUGCCUCUCAUUGGUCCGCAAGAUGGUGCACUAUGCGCCGGCGCACCGCCUGCGCGCCCUCUCCAGCCCGCGCACCGCCUCGCUGCUCACCAGGCUCAUCGCGCAAGUGCUCGACACGCAGGAUGAUCUGUCGAUGGGUCGCCGGGCGCAGUCCCGGUAUCUGCGCAGUCGCUAUAUUCGCCCGCCCGUGGACGAUGACGACGGCCACUUAACUGUUUUGGGCAUUGCUGAGGAGUUGAUGGUGAAAGCGACAGAUAUAUACUUGGAGCAGUUUGCGCGCCUCGGCGUCUUCAGUAAAGUGGAGGCAUUGGCAGCUUCAUAUCCAGCGCCUGUUGUUGAAACUGCUACCGUGAUUGGUUCAGCAGUGGGUGAAGCCCGCGGCGAGGACGCGUCGUCGCUGUCCAGCGGCACCGCGUACUCGUGGGGCGAGUGGUCGCUGUGCCGCGGGCGCGACGCGCUGUACGCGUGGAGCGACGCGGCCGCGCUCGAGCUCAGCACCGGCUCCAACGGCUGGUUCCGCUUCCUGCUCGACGGGAAGCUGGCCACCAUGUACUCGAGCGGCAGCCCCGAGCACCAGACUGAUAAUACUGAAAAUCGUGGUGAAUUCAUUGAUAAACUUCAAAGGGCGAGAGCAUCUGUAAAAAAUUCCGUGCCGCAGCCUAUCCUUUCUAAGCCAAGCAAUACUAAGUUAAUACUUGGAAACUGGGUUUUGUCUUGUAAAAAGGAGAAAGAACUACACAUCCAUAACACUGAUGGUCAACAGCAAACAACCAUACUCCGCGAAGACCUACCAGGUUUUAUAUUUGAGUCCAAUAGAGGAACUAAACACUCAUUUACAGCCGAAACAUUUUUGGGUCCUGAUUUAGCUAGUGGUUGGGCAGAUCGUCGUCCAACAACAGCUAGUAAUGGCAAUGUAACACAAGGGCGGAGUCGGUUGUCUGCCAAAACUGAAGCACAAAAAGCACAGGUUGGAGAGCGAGCUCGCGCUUUAUAUUCGCGUCACUUAGCGAGCGCUGCUUGUCGGCAACCACGUCCGCCUGUGGCGAGACUUCGUGCACUACUGGCGGUUUUACACCGAGUCUCUGCUGAAGCAAAUGAUAAUUGGAAGAAAGAGAUGAGAGACACUCUAAAUCAACUCAAUGAGCUGUUGUGUGGAGAAGAAUUAUUGUCAGCCUAUGAAUUACAGUCGUCCGGAUUGGCCCCUGCUCUUUUUCAAGUACUUUCACCUCAGCCAAAUGACGUCCCCGGCCAGUUGUUAGAGCGAGAGCGCAUCAUCCGCGAGUGGCUCAUGGAGGGCGACACGGGCGCGACGGUCGCAUCCCGGCUGGUGGCCGUGCUCGAGAGCGUAGAGCGGCUGCCGGUGCUCGCCCCAGCGCCUGAUGCACCUCCUACUCACCCGGCGGCUUUGCACCACCUUACUAAGAGAAUACGUUUACGAGUUGAACGCGCAACCGACGAAACUUCAGAAGAUUCGACAUCAAGUAGCACGAGUCGUAAUCUAAGAGUAGAGGCAUUAACUACGAUUCGUCAAUUGGAGAAAUUCCUUGCCAAGUCUGUAGCACGCCAGUGGUACGAUAUGGAGAGACCUACAUACAAUUUUGUACAAAAAAUUAAAGCAGAAGCUCCAAUCACAUUCUCGUAUGACCAUGAUUUUGAUGAAAAUGGUGUCAUUUAUUUUAUCGGAAGCAAUGCAGGCACCUGUGAAUGGGUAAAUCCGGGAGCACAUGGCCUCGUUAGUGUUUGGUCCUCUGAUGGCAGGCAGUUGCCGUACGGUCGAGCUGAAGACGUUCUCUCAAGAUCCCCAGAGCCGUUAAACGUUCAUACUAAUGACGAUAGACGCGCUUUCAUAGCCAUUGACUUGGGACUUAACAUUGUUCCCUCUGCGUAUACGUUGCGUCAUGCACGCGGCUAUGGACGAUCGGCACUAAGGAAUUGGCUAUUCCAGAUGUCGACGGACGGCGGUACGUGGAGCACGCUCGUGUCGCACACGGACGAGCAGGCGCUGCAGGAGCCGGGCAGCACGGCCACGUGGCGCGUGCGCGCCGACUCGCCCUACCGCUACCUGCGCGUGCAGCAGAACGGCAAGAACGCGUCCGGCCAGAGCCACUACCUGUCGCUGUCCGGCUUCGAGAUAUAUGGCAAGGUGGUGAGCGUAGUAGAAACAGCACCACGGCAAGUGGGCGGUCCCACCGUGUCAGCCGGCGUCCCGGCGGGCAGCGGCGGCGCGGGCGCGGGCGCGGGCGCGGGCGCGGGGGCGGGCGCGGGCGCGGGGGCGGGCGGUCGCACGCGCCGAUUCUCGCGUAACGCGCGCAGUCUGUGCGCGGGCGCACGCGUCGUGCGCGGACCGGACUGGAAGUGGAGAGAUCAAGAUGGAACCCAUCCAGCUAUGGGCACGGUCACGUCGGAUCUACACAAUGGAUGGGUGGACGUUAGAUGGGAUCAUGGAGGUCGCAAUUCCUACCGCAUGGGUGCUGAGGGAAAAUUCGACUUGAAAUUAAUAGGAACAUACGAGUCGCAACGUUCACGUAAGAGCCAUUCCACACCAAGCCUGCCGGAUGCUACUAAUAACGACAAUCAGAUGUCUGUGGCGUCAACGGAACAAGCAUCGUCUGCGGAUAACAUAUCCGGCGAGGAGAUGGCCAGCAACAUGACGCGCCCGCGCAUGCACGCUACGGACCUCUCCGCUAUUAACAACUCAACGCAUCAUAUUAAUACUGACCUUGCGACAAUCGUAGAAUCUUUAACCCUUGGUGCCGAAGGAAACAACUGUAUGGCAGACCUGGCCAAUACGUCUUUUACCAACAUGGAAAUGGGGCCCACAAGCAUUACCGAUAUAACCAAACCGUACCCAGCAAAGGAGCCUGUGCCAGAGUCUAAUAGUCAAGAGGAGGAGCGUCGGCGCCGCAGCUCGGGGGAGGCGCAGCGCAACAGUGCGAAUGCGCUGCUCUCCAGCGAGUUGCUAGCCUUGCCCGCCUCGCUGUUGCACACGCUGCGUAAUAACGCUAACAGACUGCACAUACAGUGUGAAGAGAACGAGAACGGUGAGGGACAGUUUACCGAGCACAAGAACGAUGGCCAGACCGGCAGCGGUGCCAUGAGCGCUAGCGAACCAGAUCUGACACAACAGGGUGCUGCAAGGCUUCUGGAGUCGUUAGGUGUGGGUCGUAUAACGAGUGGCUCGCGGAACAAUACAAAUCAACAACGCUCCAACCGCAGUAAUCACCCUAACUCCUUGUUCCCGAGCCUCGUUCGCCUGGCACUUUCGAGCAAUUUCCCGGGUGGGCUUCUAUCGGCCGCGCAAAGUUAUCCGUCAUUGGCGCCAAAUGCGCAGAACGCACUCACACUCUCACUCACUUCUACGUCUAGUGAGAGCGAACAGGUGUCUUUGGAAGAUUUCCUUGAAUCAUGCCGUGCUCCAGCGCUGCUGACAGAAUUGGAAGAUGAUGAUGAGGGAGACGACGCUCUUGAUAGUGACAAAGAAAACGAACCAACUUAUCACGAGGUAUGGACGCAGGUGUCGCGCAACCUGCUGUCGCUGAUGGAGGAGGAGGCGCUGGAGGCGGUGCAGGCGCGCGGCGGCAGCUGGCGCGGCCGCAAGCCCUGGGACGACGACUUCGUGCUCAAGCGGCAGUUCUCCGCGCUCAUACCGGCGUUCGACCCGCGCCCCGGACGCACCAAUCUCAACCAGACUGUUGAUCUCGAUAUCCCCUUAAAUGAUGAUUCUGACGUGGAAGAAGCAAAGGAGCCUACGGCGAGCGGAAGCGACGCUACUCUAACGGAGACUACCAGCUGUACUACCACGCGUUUGCCUUCUCUGAAGCUUGUGUUGAACUCUGGCGGGGUUUCCCUGCCAUUGGAUAAACCAUCUUGGACACUCUAUCGCGCCGUGUUGGCUCUUAACGCAAAACUGCCAUCGCACGAUUCGCACAGAGAUACCACGUACACGUUGACUUAUAAGGAGAUGGAGGGCACAGACGCGUUUGGAGUCUCAAGUGAUAGCGAAGAAGAUGAACCUGGUGAUCCUGCGGAGCGCGGCGUGGCGGGCGCGGAGGGCGAGUGGGCGAGCAUGGUGACGUGCUGCGUGCGCGUGCUGCGGCGGCUGCGCGGCGCCGUGCCCGCGCUGCCGCCCGACGCGCUGCUCUCCACCAAGCUCACCAACAAGCUGCACCACCAGCUGCAGGAGCCGCUCACGCUGGCCGCCGCCGCUACGCCCAGAUGGUGCCAACAGCUAAACGACUGGUGCCCGUUCCUAUUCCCGCUGGAGACGAGACAAAUGUUCUUUGCGUGUACCGCCUUUGGGACAUCUCGGACGAUAGUAUGGCUCCAGGCACAACGGGAUCGAGCUCUCGACAGGCAAAGAGCGGGUAACACAGUGUCUCCACGUCGGGCGGAACUAGAGGCAUCUGAGUUCCGUAUGGGAAGACUGAGGCAUGAACGAGUUAGGAUACCUCGAAAUCCUAAUUUACUGCGAUCUGCCAUGCAGGUAAUGCGCGUGCACGCCGGUCGCAAGUCGGUGCUGGAGGUGGAGUUCGCGGGCGAGGAGGGCACCGGGCUGGGGCCGACGCUGGAGUUCUACGCGCUGGUGGCGGCCGAGCUGCAGCGCGCCGACCUGCACAUGUGGCUCAACGACGCGCACCUGCACGACGCGGACGCGGCGCCGCACCACCUCACCCUGCCCGGCGAGAAACCUAUCGGGUUCUAUGUGACGCGCGCCGGUGGGCUGUUCCCCGCGCCCCUCCCUCAAGACUCUACUAUCUGUGAUAAAGUUUGCAAAUAUUUCUGGUUCCUUGGAGUAUUUUUAGCUAAGGUUUUACAAGACGGGCGACUAGUCGAUUUACCUUUAUCAGAGCCUUUCUUAAGAAUCAUGUGCGGCGAGGAGCUGACGACUGAACAUUUGCUUGAAGUUGAUCCAAUUAGACAUAGGUUCCUAAUGAGCGUUCUAAACGCCGCGGACGAGUACGACUCGAUACAGCGAGACGGUUCGCUGGAUGAGGCGGAGCGGACGAAGCGUGCGCGCGACCUGCUGGUUGAGGGCGCGACGUUCGAAGAACUAGCACUUACUAUGACGCACGUGGCGUCCAACUCGGAUCCCGACGUGGCUAUACAACCGCUGUGUGACGGUGGAGACCAGAUUGAGGUGGGAGCGCACAACGCGCGCGCGUACGCGUCGGCGAGCGCGGCGUGGAUGGUGCGCGAGGGCGUGCGGCGGCAGACGGCGGCGUUCCGGCGCGGCUUCGGCGCGGUGUUCCCGCCGCGCCGCCUGCGCGCCUUCUCGCCGCCCGAGCUGCGCCUGCUCGUGUGCGGCGAGCGCGGGCCCGUGUGGACGCGCGACCACCUGCUGCAGUACACCGAGCCCAAACUCGGCUAUACUAGGGAUAGCCCUGGCUUCCUGCGUCUGGUGGACGUUCUGGUGGAGAUGUCGUGGCGCGAGCGCAAGGCGUUCCUGCAGUUCGCGACGGGCUGCAGCAGCCUGCCGCCCGGCGGGCUCGCCAACCUGCACCCGAGGCUCACAGUUGUUAGAAAGGUGGACGCGGGCGACGGUUCAUACCCUUCAGUGAACACGUGCGUGCACUACCUCAAGCUGCCCGAGUACUCGUGCAAGGAGGUGCUGCGCGAGAGACUGCUCGCCGCGACCAACGAGCGCGGCUUCCACCUCAACUAGACGUGUGCUUAUGAUUGCUGCGGGUGUGGGACUGUUUCGGACUAAUAAAAUCAAGCAAAAUAUUAAAUUAAACUUUUUUACUUCGUUUCAUAAUUUAAAGACCAAAAUGAAUAUUUAGUUUCUCAGCAAAAUAUUAAUUUCAUAUUUUAUAAUACAGAAAAAAUAUAUGAUAUGGAUUUUUUAGGUAAUGCCAAACGGAAGUUAAAAUAGUUUCAACUGAUAUUUAUUCUAGAAUUGAUAAAGGUUAUAUUUUGCUUAUUUUCUGUAAAUGAUAAUAAAUAACAAUCAUUGAAAUUAUAUAUUUUGGAAUGGUCCCAUGUUCACAGUUAGAGUGCACUCCACGAAAAAAGUCCCAUAGUGCAGUUGGUAACAGUAGUGUGAAGUGUGAGAUUUUUACACAGUUCAUCCCUUGCGCAGCCGAAGACUUCUAUCGUGGCGGGCACUUUUACCUCAAAGCACCUUAUACUAGCGCUGCAUUACACGAAAACGCUUCAUAUUAUCACGUGUUUAAAGUUCAUUAUGGUAUUGGUACUUAGAGUUGUGAGGUCUUUUACUUUACAUAUUAUAGGCUAUAAUUUAACAAAUAUGGAUUGGAAUAAACGAGUAACACUUGUUUUUGUCUACUCGCUCUAGUGUAAUAAAUGGUAAUAUGUAUUUCACUUAGGCACAAAUAAAUACUUUACACUUAAAUUAUUUGUUGUUUAACAUUUUACAUAUUGAAAGAUUAUGAGAUUAGAUUGAUACUUGGUAGAAUGUAUACUUCUUGCUAAUUAUAAUAAUACAGUGUAAAUUACAUUUUUUUUAUAUGAAAAUAUAAACAUUUUUACUAUUCGUAGAACAUACAUUAGUUGUUUGACUUAAUAAAAAAAAAACGAUCGGAUUCGACACUCAUAAUAACUAUAUGGUAUUUUAUUAGAAUACAAGUAUUCAUUUUACAGAUUUAUCACUCCGAUUAGACCUACUUCCACUUUCAAAGCUCGUGAAAGAAAACGCCUCUAUGUAAAUAUCCUGCUUAUAAAAAGCGUUUUCGUAAAAUGCAAAUUUAAUUCUGAUUGGAUGCUCUUCACGUUACGUUACAAGCGCACGUUCAUCUGCUAACGGAAAUACGUUGGCUAUUGAUAUACAAUAUCCUAUUUGUCUUUUAUAUUUUUUGUCGUAAUUAAAUGCAUGACAUAAGGAACUAACAUUAUGUUUUAUAUAAAUCUUGUAGCAAUGUCGAACAUGUGGUCAAAGAAAGGGCUUUUCACAAUAUAUUGUAAUCAUAUAUUUUAAGCACAUGAUAAACAACAGAAAUUUGAGAUUGUACAGACUCUGAUGGAAUUCAUGUUUGCAAAUACAUCAACAACUAACUAACAACAUCUAAUAUCAUAAAAAUAUAUAUGAAAAAAAAAGAUAACACAAAUAGAUAUAGCUUAAUAUAGAUUUUCCUUUUAAGUAAUAUUUCUUGUUUCGGUAUAAACGCUUCUAUAAUACAACGUUAUAUCAAACUUUUUCCUUGGGAUACCUUCAAAUCGGAGAAUUAUAAUCGUUGCCUAAUAAGGUUUGUGGUGAGGCUACAGUAAGAUCUCAAGAUUAUUUGCAUAUAUCUUACGUCGCAUUCAAUUUAUUUAAUUGGCGUUCUUGCAAUGAUAUAACACAUAGGUUAAGCUUUCAUUUAAUGUGUCGGUUAUUGUUUAUAUAUUAUGAGAUUUAUACGAACAUUUUAAAAAUCUGAGUUCUUUGUCUUUAUAUAUUUUUGUUUAUAUAAUAAUACUAAUCUAAAAUUUUAUGAAAAGAUUUAUAAUUGAUUUGGUUGGAAAAUUAUAACGAAGCUACAUGUAUGGUCAUAUUAACACAGUAUAGUACUAAUAUUUGCGGAACACUUAAAAUAAACACUGAAACGUGUAAUUAAAUCGGAAGAGUCAAUCCAGGUUUUCAUUUAUUCAGUGUGAGAUAAACAAAUGAUGUCCAUUAAAUUAUUUUCGAAUACAAGAAUGCCGCAUAAACUCCGGGGGACUGACAAACAUGUAUUAAAUUGUAAUUUCAUAAGUGUUUAACACUUACACAUUGUAAGGAACGAUAAGUAGCCUAUUAUUCCUUUAGUUAAUUGAUUUUUUCAACUAAAAGUUGUUCAUGUGAUUUGUUAAAGAAAUAUAUGUAAUAAAGUAUAUUUAGUUUAAAAUUUAUGUUAAGUGUUUAGCGUAUUAACAAUUUAGAAUUUUGUAGAAUGUACUCUGCUAUUUGUUGUUGAGGAUUAUAUCAAUAAAAUAAGUAAAAAUUA